CCACUUCGUCGUCUAAUUUUGUUUUCGGGAACAACAGCUUAUGGUCACAUCUUGGUGCUCUCAAUAUUUCUCUUCUAUUGGUCCGGAAUUUACUGUCGCUACAAUAGGUGUGGCGAAUCGUUGAUAUGGCCCGAGAAGAAUCGGCAAUAUGCGCAGUAUUUUCCAAUAUUCACGGCUCCACUUAUCGCCAUGAUAUCGCUAGCCUGGCUCGUCACCAACGUCUGCUACUCAAACACACCAUGUGCCAUCGCCUAUAACUGCAUGGAAAUGCCAUCCGCCGUUUUUUGCUCCUUGCUGGCUGGAAUCAGUGCAGUAAUUGAGAUUCAUUAUUCAAUAGAUUUUAAUCACUUGGAAUGGAGUGAGAAGUGGAGCUGGGCUGCGGCCGAUUCUGUCGCUCUCAGUGCCAUUCACGCUGUCUUAGCGUUUGCAUUACAG